UCGGGGAGAGUAUGCCGGCGGUAAGGAGACAGCACCUUUAAAUCUCGCACAUUUUCCCACUCGGAAGAUCGGGGAUUCUGGCCGUUUCUUUGGGUGAAGCUCCGACCUGGGGUGAUGGCCGAUGAUACGGCGAAUGGAGUGCGGAACUCUGCUUCCCACAAUGUGAAAGAGAAUUCUUCUCGAAUCAUCCGAGUUGGAACAAGAAAAAGCCAACUUGCUCGGACUCAGACUGACACUGUGGUGAACAUGCUGAAAGAACACUACCCACAUGCACAACUUGAAAUCGUUGCCAUGACAACCACUGGAGACAAAAUUCUGGACACAGCUCUCUCAAAGAUUGGUGAGAAGAGUCUGUUCACAAAGGAGCUGGAAACUGCAUUAGAGAAGAAUGAGGUUGAUAUGGUAGUUCAUUCCCUGAAAGACCUGCCAACAGCACUGCCUCCUGGAUUUACAAUUGGAGCCAUCUCCAAGCGUGAAAUUCCUUACGAUGCUGUUGUUGUGCACCCAAGUCAUGUGGGAAAGUCGCUGGACACACUGGCAGAGCGGAGUGUGGUUGGCACGAGUUCCUUACGACGAGCAGCACAACUGAAAAGACGAUUUCCUCACCUGGAGUUCAAGGAUAUCCGAGGCAACUUGAAUACAAGAUUAAAGAAACUCGAUGAAAAGAAUGACUUCAGUGCUAUUGUACUGGCAGCAGCUGGUCUGCGGAGAAUGGGUUGGGAGAAUAGGAUCACUCAGGUUUUGGAGCCUGAAGAUUGUAUGUACGCUGUGGGUCAGGGAGCACUGGCUGUUGAAGUCCGGCUGAAUGACCCAGACAUCCUGGAAAUGGUUUCUGCUCUCAACGACAUUGAGACUGUUCUCCGCUGCAUUGCUGAACGUUCCUUCAUGAAGCACCUGGAGGGAGGCUGCAGUGUACCUGUUGCUGUUCACAGUGUCAUGAACCAAAACCAGCUCUACCUCACAGGGGCUGUAUACAGUCUUGAUGGAUCUGACAGCUUAAAAGAUACAAUGCAAACGAGCGUCUCCACUCAAACACAGGAUGAAGAUUGUAGUGUUGCUGAUGUUCAACAUGUUGGGAUUAUGGCAAAGAGAAUACCACACAACUCCCAGGCAGCGGCUGAGAAAUUAGGAAUGGAUUUGGCCAAUCUAUUGCUUAGCAAAGGUGCCAAGGAUAUCCUAACUGUUGCCAGACAGCUGAAUGAUUCAAGAUAAUGCAAUGUAUUUAUACUAAUGUGAAUACUAUGUCGUUAUUUAGGCAUUCAUAAAGCUAUAAAUAUACAGUAACCAAAGGUAACAGACAGUAUCCCUUCCCUGUGCCUUAUGCAUUUCAUUUGCUUCUGUAAACUCUCAGUUUGUUGUUCUCUUACCUUCUAAACUACCCUCUAAACAUACUGGGUUGUUUCAUCAACUAACUUUCAUCUGUUGCUGGGAUCCUGUCACAUUUCGAGACUGCUCCAGUCAUUCUCUACGAUUCAGUACGUAGUCUGCAUUUUCUUGUAUCUUUCAAUGCUAUGUAAAGCGUAUGUAUUUUUUUUACCGAGAAAGUAGUUAUAAUAUAAAACUUCGUAGAAAAGGUACAUUUGAAAUUGCUCAUCUUGAAUUACCUGUGAACUGAAAUUUGAAAUCAUGUCUUUCUUUUAAAUGCUGCCUAUGCAGUUUUAUUUAGUUUACACUAUUGAACAGAUUGGGGUUUUGGUUAAGUCCCUUUUGAAUGAAUGGGCAUAGACAGUGAAAUUGAAUUUUGGCCAUGUUUCCCCCUCUAUUCCAGUAUGGCCUAUUCUAAUAUGUAGUCCUUUGUUCUAUUGUGUCCCCCUGAAAUUAAUAACAUUACUGCAGUAGUAGCACUAUCUUUAGCCUGAUGAGUGGGUAGUGGACAUCACUGGUAAGGCCACUAUUUAUUUGCCCAUCCCUAAUUGCCCUUGCAGUUGGUCAGUUCUGUUCUGCAGCUAUUACCGUGUCAUGCCUGUGGUGUUGAAUGAUCUUGCAGCAGAUGAAUCUCUUGCAUGGAGAUACUCUACAAGAAAAGCAUUAUCCAUCUUGUCUCCAUUUGUACAUAGUUCCAGGAUAAUUCCAUGUGACAUCUGACAGCUGACAUGCAGUCUGUGUUUACUACUUCCCUUCCUGCCCCCCCCACCACCACCAUGUGUACAUGUGGAGUGCCUUUGAAAAUAGCUUGUGUUAUUGAGGAAGUUUGUGAACAAUCAUUCCCUUCCCAACUUCCAGUGUUGAGUAGGAUAGUGAAGUGUAUGUGGGAGAAUAGAAUCACUCCUAGAGAGGCAGCUUCUGGCCCUGCAUCAGAUAGGUUGAGAAAUUACCAAACUGAUUUUGACUUCAGUACAUGAAAAUCAAAAAAAACUCCAGAUGCUGGAAAUCUGAAAUAAAAACUGAUACUGGAAACACUCAGCAGGUCAGGCAGCAUCUGUGGAAAGAGAAGCAGAAGUUAAUGUUUCAGAUGAAAGACCCUUUUUCAGAACCUGUUCUGAUGAAGGGUCUUCAGCCUGAAGCAUUAAUCCUGUUUCUUUUCCACAAAUUCUGCCUGACCUGCUGAGUGUUUCCAGAAUUUUUGGUUUUUAAAUUAGACUUCAGCCUGAUUUUUGUUUUAAAGGCUUUUAUUUUUCCUUACAUGUGACAAAAAUAAACCAAUUUACUGUAUAAAUGUAUGUGAGGAUGUCUGAUGUCAAAUUUUCCUGAAGUUCAUUUACAGUGGACUAAUUAUGUGACACUGCAGCUGAGUUUGAUUAUUUUGUCUUCAUCUAUCAUCUUUGCAAGUAAUCUUCUUUCUAGAGGUUAUGGGACAGAAACCCUUACAGUGUCUUCCCAUCUCUGUGAGCCAGCAUCGCUCUAGCUGAGAUGGGCUCACUCAACAUGCAUAGGGAAACACAAGAGUUUAGAGCAUUUUGAUGUUGGUGUCAGCAAUGGUUCAUUGUGUGGCACGCAUGCUUCUGAAUCAUAUGGCUAUGGAUUGAAGUUCCAUUCCAGAGACUAAACCCAGGCUCACACCCUCAAUUUUGUACUGGUGUGUUGCUAUGCAAGAGUUGCUGUCUCUUUUAUUGAGAUGUUGUACCAAGAUCCUGUCUUCUCUCUCAGUUGGAACCAAAGCAAUGUUGUGAUGAAGGAGAGGAUUUUCUUCCUAUUUCCUGACCUUUAUUUAUCCCUAGUCAAUACUACACAGAUUAUCUAAUCAUCAUAUUGCCAUUUAUAGCAGCUUGCUCUAUGUAAACUGCUGGUUUUCUAUGUUACAACUGUAACUGUAGAGGUAAAUAAUUGACAGUGAAGUGUUUUGUGAUGUCCUGAAGUUAUAAAAGACACUAGAUAAAGUAUUUCUUCAUAACUUGUGACUGUACUAUGUGCAGAAGAAAUGUAUGUCAGACUAUAAACUAACUUUAUCAACUGUUCUGUUGGCCACUUACAAGGGAUACUGUCUGAAAAUGUAUGUCACAAUUGGUUCCUUAAUACCAGGGUUUCUGAUCCUGAGGCUUAGGGUUGGAUUAUAUGAAUUAUAUUCUUACAAAGUAAGGUAUCAUGCUGCUUUUCAAAAGUAGGCCAGAAAUCUGAAGUUACUGUGAGUUGCCAGAGACUGCACCCACUUAAGCCUGCUGUGUUAAUUGCAUAGUUUGCUUUCCAAGGGAGUAGACAAAUUGCAGACCAAAACAUCAAAAACAAGACCAAAACAAAACAGGUUGGAAAUCUGGGUAAUGAAAGAGGAAUUUGACCGCAGUGGUCACUGUCCUUAAAGGCUGGAUUUCCUUCUGGAGUGAAUGGAAGCCAGAAUGCCAUGGAGUGGUUGGUUUUUGCUUCUCUGCAAUAAUCACCAUGUUUUGCUCUAAUGUUGUAGUUCACUGUUACAGUGGAUGGAGUACUUUUACCUUAAAAACAUAAACCCUUAGGUGCCUUCUAAACUCAGACUAGUAGAAAUGUUGAAAACGUACCUGCAACACACUUGUAAUUUAAUCCUGAAUCUCUGGCCCUCUGUCCUUUCUCCUCACAGGCAAUUUUUAAACUGCAUGGUAGUAGAAUUUGACGCCAUCAAGUUGGUUAAAUUUUUAUCUUCUGUGCAAAAGUGAUCUGUAGAUUCCCAGCCCUAACCCAAUGACUGAAGUUACUGAAAAGGCAAAGAAUAUUCAGACAGCAGCCAAGUCUUAUGCAUUACCUGGUCCUUGUAUUUUUAAUCAGCACAAUCUUAAUUUCUAUUUGAGUAUGGUGUGUGAAAGAAAGAGGGUGCAUAGUAAGGGCAGUGAGGUCAAAGUGAGAAUUCCCCAUGACUGAGUAAUGGUGAGUCCCACGGUUUAGGACACCAACAUUAAUACUUUGAGAAUCAGAAGAAUGGGAUCCUGGCUCAACAGUGGUUGUGAUGGAAGAACCCUGCAUCUGUGCUGUUGAGUUCAACUUGAAAGAUUCACUGCAUUACAUGAAUUGAGGGGUGAGAUGUUUAUGGCUUGUUGAUGAACAGAAAGUUGUCUCUGAUGGCAAUUGCAACUUAACCUACCCAUUGGAAACUGCCUGGAUUAAUAGAAAAUGUAAUUACAGUGGUGUUAAACCAGAGUUCCAUCUUAUCCUGUGGGAUUCCCCUGCCCCUAAGAUGUAUGUUUUCAGUAUUUUUUAAAAAUCAAAUUAUUGCCUUUCUUUUAAUAUUUUUGCCUUUCGGUGAAUGUGCUGAGGUCAAACUUGCUCUGGGUUUUAAGAUGCAGGAUUAACCCAAGAGGAUCAGUUCUAGGCAGCACAGACACAUUUUUCUCAUGUUCCUUACUGUGGGACAACUUUCUCCUGAGAGAUCCUUUUGAGAUCUGUCAUUUCAUGUCUUUCCACCCAUAAAAUGUCAUUGGUGGUUUCUUUUAAAUGUUGGAAAUAUUCUACAAGCAGUUAAGAAUAGGUUUGACAUUUUCAUGAAUAUUUCCCUCUUUGCUAUCCACAAUUGCUCGCUCACCAAGUUGUAGGAUUUUGUAUGAAAGCCUUACUAAAACGGGUCUCCAUUCUUAAACAUAAUGAUGCAAAGUGCUCUGUUAAUCAGAGGCAUAAAUACUGAUGAGUAGGACUGCACGCUCAGGGCCUGAAUCCCCACAAACGUAAUUCCUAGAGCACAUUAUAUGAUAAACUAUUUUUUUAAAUGGAAAAGGAUCUUGCAAAAGGAUUAACAAAUAAAAUUCUACUGGUCUGGGACAGAUUUGAAGCAAGGUAAUAUUUACAGGGAUGAUUCUUACUGUUAUGUCCAUGAUGCUGUAGAUUAUCUGAAGUGAGAUUGCUUAUAAUGAAAUAAGUAUUUGCUGCUAUGGUGCUGACCCCUUGCAGUAAUGUCAAAA